CAAACCGCAAAGCAGUUAUAAUCUUUGCCUGGACGGCCUAUAGAUCAUGAAGAUGUCUAAUAUGCAAAUGCCCUACACGAUCUGGUCCCCUAGCCUUAUCCUGUUCUUGUCAAUUGCUUUGUCCUCCGAUUUCCUUAAGGCAAGCGGCGGAUCCGACACGUUCCCUCUUCAUAGACCCCUCGCUGAUCUGCGAGAGGCGGCGCUUCAGUCUGUUGGCCGCGAUGGACCACGAUACCCCGAUGUAGGCAUCUUGAACACGGUGCGCAAAUCCCGUGCUGUGCACUCCUCCAGCAGCAGCGCAGCAAGGGUUCAGAAUGCAGACUCUGACGACUGCUCUGGUGGUUAUGCAAUUCUUAGCAUGGCCAACUACGAUGUUAUGGAAGCGCUGAUGCCGCUCCUUCUCGAAAGCCUUUACGGGAUAGAGCUGCCCGGGACCAGUGAUACGGGUCCAAACAACCUCGCACGCCAUGCCCUUGUGGUUGGCGUCACCAGUAAGGCAGUGCAAUCAUGUAUCCGUCUACGGCGGCGCUACAAACACGCCUGCCUGGACGACUUCCUCAGUGGAAUGUACGAGGGGGACAACCGCUAUCCGGACUUCAGAUUUCUUGCCUACGGCUUGGCAAAGUUUAAAUACAUUGUAAACGUGCUCAGCACCGGCACGUCGAUUCUAUACGUGGAUGCCGACGUCGUGUUCCGGCGCAAUCCUUUCCCCAGCCUGCUUGCCUCCACUGUUGACAUCGCGGUGGCCACCGCGCCACCGCCCUGCGGCACAUUGCCAACGGAACCGGACUGGUCCAUUCUGGACAACCAUGAAUACACAGAACCGAGUUCCGCUGUCCCCCACGUAGCCAGCGGACCGCAACAACAGGUGAAGAACGUGCGCCGGAUGCUGCAGCACAGCGACGAAGCCGGCUCGCAAGGUUACGCCCCGGGCAUAACCUUUUUCCGAAACACCCCGGGCGUCAUGCGUUGCGCGUACGCUCUGGAGCUGGACAUGUGUAAUCCGGCUUUCAAGGAUCCUAACGCCACAGUAUUCGAGCAGGAGCACUUCGCGGCCUUCAUGCCGCUGUGCUCGGAGGCAUUGGGGCUGCAGCUGGAGGAGCUGCCGGCCACCAAGUACAUCACGACCUGCGGCGCUGACUUUUCACAUGAGCUCUGGCGCGGCAACGAUAGCCCAGUAGUGGCGGUGCACAUCUCCGGCAGGCUGGAGUCGUCCCUUCUGGACCGGCAGAAGAUCAUGGAGGGCCUGGUGGGGGUGAAGGCCAGCGCUCUGAUUUACGCGGCCGCAAACCACGUCGACCCCCGCGGAAGUUCGCCUUCUGCUCUGGGUCGUAAGCCUGAGUCGAAGGCACCAGCUGCCGUCAGCGAUGCCAAGCUCGAUCAAUUGGCUGAGGCCGUCAGCGAAACGGUCGCGAUGGACUGGGUUUGCGGGCAACUCAGACGAGAGAGUGUACAGGAUUGUUCACUCUGGAAGCAAACGAGCUGUCGCAUGGAACGUUGUUGGAGGCGGCGGUAUUCGUCUUCAAGUUGUGCAGUCCCGGCUGUGGCCUUCGGUGCUAAGCGCUUGUUUGGAAGCCGCACCAUCAUGACCAACACUGAGGCCGCGGCCGUGGAGGCGGUUGUCAGCUCGGCCAGCAUUCCGGAGCCCCCUAACCCCCUCCUGGCGAACGUGAGCUUCCCCAAGUACGACGAGGUCAAGCCUGAGCACGUGGUCCCGGGUGUACGGCAACUGCUUUCGGAGCUCCAUGCUGAAAUUGAUAAAUUGGAGUCUGAGGUUGUGCCCACGUGGUCCGGUUUGGUGGAACCCCUGGAGAAGAUUGGGGACCGCCACCAGCGAGUGUGGGGCAUCGUUAGCCACUUCAAGGGUGUCAAGGACAGCCCGGAGCUGCGGGCCGCCGUGGAGGAGGUGCAGCCCGAGAACGUCAAGCUGUCGUUGAGGCUGAGUCAAAGCAGGCCCCUGUACUCGGCAUUCAAGGCCCUCCGCGAGGGGCCCCAGUGGUCGCAGCUGACUCCGGCCCAACAGCGGAUUGCGGAUAACGAACUGCGGGACUUUGUGCUGGGGGGUGUGGCGCUGGAGGGUGAGGCCAAGGAGCGGUUCAACGCCAUCCAGCAGGAGCUCACUCAGCUGGCCACAAAGUUCUCUAACAACGUACUGGACGCAACCAAGUCCUUCAAGAAGCUUCUGACCGACCCUGCCGACGUGGCCGGACUCCCCGCCACUUCCCUCGGGCUGGCCGCCCAGCAGGCGGCCAGGGAAGGCCACGAGGGGGCGACCCCGGAGAACGGCCCCUGGCUCAUCACCCUGGACUUCCCCUCGUACUUUCCCGUCAUGACGCACGCCAAGAACAGAGCGCUGAGGGAGGAGCUGUACAGGGCUUACAUCAGCCGGGCUAGCUCAGGGGAUAGCGACAACGGCCCCAUCAUUGAACGGAUCCUGGAGCUCCGGGCGGAGAAGGCGAGACUGCUGGGGUACGACAACUUUGCUGAGCUGUCCAUGGCCUCCAAGAUGGCCUCCCUGGACAAGGCCGAGUCGCUGCUGGAGGAGCUCAGAUCCGCAUCGCAUGCGGCGGCGGAGAAGGACAAGCAGGAGGUGCAGGAGUUCGCCACCAGCCAGGGAUUCGAGGGGCAACUGGAAUGGUGGGAUGUGUCGUACUGGGCCGAGCGGCUGCGUGAGUCCAAGUACAACAUCAGCGAUGAGGAGUUGCGGCCGUACUUUGCGUUGCCCAACGUAUUGGAAGGGCUGUUCAAGUUGGCUAACCGUCUGUUCGAUGUGGAGGUUGUUCCUGCGGAUGGUGAGGCCCCUGUGUGGCACCCGGACGUGCAGUUCUUCAAGGUCCUCAAGGCCGGUCAGCCCAAGGCCUACUUCUACCUGGACCCCUACUCCCGACCUGCUGAGAAGCGCGGAGGUGCCUGGAUGGCUGAGGUGGUGGGUCAGAGCCGCCUGCUGGCCCCGCCCGGCAGUGCGGUGAGGCUGCCCGUGGCGCACAUGGUGUGCAACCAGAUGGAACCAGUGGGCGGCAAGCCCAGUCUGAUGACCUUCCGCGAGGUGGAGACCUUGUUCCACGAGUUCGGUCACGCGCUGCAGCACAUGCUCACGGAGGUCACGGACGGGCUCGCCUCUGGCAUCCGCAACAUAGAGUGGGACGCUGUGGAGCUCCCAAGCCAGUUCAUGGAGAACUGGGCGUACGACAGGGCCACGUUGUACAGCUUCGCCAAGCACUUCGAGACGGCGGCUGCUCUCCCCCGGGUCGAUCUGCUUAUCCCUGGUGUCCGCGUCGCUCGUGAGCCCCUGCCUGAGGAGCUCUACUCGCGACUGAAGGCCGCGAAGAACUACCGCAGCGGUACCAUGAUGCUGCGACAGCUGCACUUCAGUUGCGUGGAUCUGGAGCUGCAUGCCAGGUUCAAACCCGGUCAAGGCAAGUCGGUGUACGACGUUGACCAAGAGGUGGCUGCUCGUACACUGGUCAUGAAGCCGCUGCUGGAGGAUCGCUUCCUGUGCAGCUUCUCGCACAUUUUUGCCGGGGGUUACUCGGCGGGGUACUACAGUUACAAGUGGGCCGAGGUACUUUCCGCGGACGCCUUCAACGCCUUUGAGGAGGCGGGUCUGGACAACGAGGCGGCAGUUCGCGACACAGGUGCCCGCUUCCGCGACACCGUGUUGGCUCUGGGCGGCUCAGUGGCGCCCGCGGAGGUGUUUGUUCGCUUCCGGGGCCGGGAGCCCUCCACACGGCCCCUGCUGCAGCACAACGGCCUGCUGGCGGUGGCAGCGGCAUAG